UCAACACCACAGCGCAACCGUCGGCGAACGGUGACCACAGGCAUGCCACCCGCACACGCCCAGGAAGUCGACCUGGCUUUUGCAGGCAAUCACGAGCUGCGCAAGCGAGUGCACGCGGCCAUUGAUCAAAACCCCACACAGAGCACGCUGUUCCGCGAUAUCUCGGCGUACAUUCUCGGCCAGGCAUCGCAGCCCUCGAGUGAGCCGACUGCGAAGAAGCGAAAGCUCGAAGAGAGCAAUGGCGCGCAGAACGGCGCAACGGCACCGUCGAGCCUGACAAGCGCCGCGACAAAGGCAUGGCGACAGUACCCGGGCACCAGCUUUUCUCUCCCGCAGAGGAAGAAGUACACGCUCGAGCUCGUUGACAGCAAGGACGGCGGCGUACGCGCCCUGGGCGCAGAUGGCAGCGUCGAGUUCAGCAUUGCCUGGAGAGACGUUGACCAGGUAUUCUGCCUACCAGUGCCCGAGAAAGCGAAGCGGCAACACAACUUCAUCAUCCUACCCGUCCACGGCGAUGGCGUGGGUCCGGUGCCCGACCACCUGAAAGCCUCUCCACCGGAGCCUGUAGUAUGGACGUUCGAGGAGGCCACGGGCAAGAACAUCGUCGAGGGCGAGGACCCAGGCCCAGGCCCCAUGGCAGAGGCCAUCCACCACUGCCUCAUACAGGCCGGCACCGGCAAGGAGGUCAUCUUCCCAGACGCGGACCAGUUUGAGAGCGCCAUCCCGCAGAGCCACCGCAAGGGCGAGAAGGCGUAUCACGUCAAGGGCCACCGAGGCAGCAAGGAAGGCUACCUCUUCUUUACCUCCGCCGGCAUCGUCUGGGGCUUCAAGAAGCCCCUCGCCUUCUUCGACUUCGCCUCCGUCACCGCCGUCUCCUACACCAACGUCCUCCGCAACACCUUCAAUCUCGUCAUCACCACCCAAACUGGCGACAUUGAGUUCGGCAUGAUCGACCAGGCCGACUUCAACGGUAUCAACGAGUAUGUGCAGAAGCAUGGUUUGCAGGAUGCUAGCAUGGCAGCGACACGACGGGCGCAGAAGCUCAAUGUAAACCCACCAAAGGAAAAAGAGAAAGGCGCGAAUGGCGCUGCGGCUGCGGAGCCGGAUGACGGCUUGACGGAGCUGCAGCGCGCGGAGAUGCAACUCCAGGAUAUGGAGGAUGAUGAAGAGGAUGAGGAGGAUUACGACCCUGGGAGCGAGGGCGAGUCCGAAGGCAGUGGAUCGGAUAGCGAAGACGAAGAUGGCGAAGGGUAUGAGGGUGGCGAGGGCGACGAGUACGACGAGGGCGAUGAAGAAGGCGCAGAGGGCGAAGAGAUGGAAACCUGAGCUUGCUGAACCGUGCGACCGCUCCUACAAGAAGCACUGCAUCACAAAGUUGAAUACCUUCGGCCUGCGCAAAUGUCUACUCCAUCGUCCUGGAGGUUUCUGGGUUUCGCUGAUGCCGGCGCGCCAGCCGUCAAGCUGCCGCCAUUUUUCUGCAGCACCCUUGACCGUUGGUUGGGAAGGCUGUGCAACCCCUGUGUACACCAUUCUUCCCACUAUAUAUCAGUAUACCCCAGCUUGCAGAAUUCCAAGACCCU